AUUAUACUAUUACGAGUAAUCGCAACGAGGGUUGUGACCAGUCGGUGACAUAAUGUCGCAGCUUUUAUGAAACGAGACAUGCGAAAGCCACUACCAUGAGUUUUUAAAUUUGUAUCUUUGGUUUAAAAGGAAAAGAAAAGCUGGAAAAAUUGUUUGCUUUUUGAAACAAGGUCCAAUUCCUAUUUUUGAAGACUCUGCACCAAUUGGAACCAACUCUUAAGAAGUUUUCUUGGUGAUUCUAGUGAUUUUGAUUAGAUUGCAACUGCAGUUGUUAGUCUUGGAUUUAAUGUGAUAUUGCAAAAAUGAAGAAUAAAUACACACCUGUUUCAGAGUCUGAAGAGUCUUUGAAAACGCUCACUGAUGAAAAGGCAGACACCCGUUCUUCAGAGGGUACGCCUCCUCCGUAUUCAGCUUCAAACAAAUUUAUCGAUUUAGAAAUGGCUGACGGAUCUGCUCAAAAUUUCGCCCAAGAAUCUGCUAAUAAUAUUAGGUCUGACCCUUCGCCAAAUAAACAGUGGUGGAAAACACCUGUCAUAGGAACACUGACCAUUAUAACUAUUAUAUAUAAUAUUGUUUUUCUAGUCAUAGUUUUUGGUUACAACGUUUCUCCGUAUUCGAAAAGUUUUUAUGGUCUUGCUGUCGUUUCUAUUGGAUUUAUUAGUGUUUUAUUCCUUGCAAUUCUUUAUAUCUAUCCCGAAUGGUACAGGCAAGCUGGAAGAGCAACCAAAAAGGUUCUGAAGAAAUCUGGAAGAGCAACAAAGAAGUGCAUUAAGAAAUUCACACCAGCUGUAUGUAAAGCCCUAAUUAUACUGAUAAGUUUGAAUGGAGUCGGGGGUUAUGUUUUGAAAUUAGCAGGAGGCUUCGAAUAUAUACAUUCAACAGCUGUGUUAGUUGUUCUGGCCGUAUUGAACAUAUGCUUGUUUGUUCUUCUCAUUCGAAACCCAGACUUUGUUGAAGAUCUUCACGAUAUGACUCGUCUAAACAACAGAAUUAGAAGGCAUGGUUCACCUCGUAACGAAGAAACCGAACUUCAACCUCUUGCUGAGCAAAGCUCUGAAGUUUGAAUGUGAGUGUGAGUUUCACCGAACCUGCUUUCAUUUUGUACUUCGCCUUCCACCCUUCCUUGGGAUCAUCCAUGUCAAUUGCAGUCCACCAAGAUCCCUGUGUUUGCUGUCACAAAAGCUUGAAUCUGAUGAAUCCAGAAGACUUUGAUUGCUUUAGUAAUUCACUCUUUUACGACUUUUCUAAUUAGUUCACAGCACUGUUGUUUAUGCAUCUUUCAUUUUCUUCGCAAUCCGAAUAGAACAUCCUUUUUAAUGAUUAUUUCAUGAUUUUGACAACGAAUAUUCCAUGGCAAUGAGCUAUUUUUUAGUUCAACACCGAGUCGCGUAAUUGAUUAUGUUUUAGAAUUGGCAAGAAUAAAUGUGAGUUUCGACAGUUA